AGAGGCCCGCCCACUUGGCCCCGCCCAGUCCCUCCCUCCGAACUACACUUCCCACUGCGCCUCUGCCAACUUCCCGCCGCGCUGCCCGCCGGGAGUGUAGGACCUGGCUGCCUCGAGGCACUUCGGGACUCGUAGUCUUUCGUCUGGCCACGUCAUCUGUCAGGACCUGGAAGCCGCUUCUUCCGCCCGGGCCUGGUCUCCGCAGAGGGUCUGUCGCCGUCAUGUCGGCUGCGAUUGCAGCUCUGGCUGCGUCCUACGGCUCGGGCUCAGGGUCCGAAUCGGACUCGGACAGUGAGGGCGGGCGGUGUUGCCUGCCAGCCGCCGACUCGCUCAUGCACCUGACGAAGUCGGCUUCGACCAAGCCCUCUCUGGCAGUGGCGGUGGACUCGGCUCCGGAGGUGGCAGUUAAGGAAGAUUUGGAGACUGGAGUGCACCUUGACCCUGCUGUCAAAGAGGUUCAGUAUAAUCCUACCUAUGAGACCAUGUUUGCUCCUGAGUUUGGACCAGAAAAUCCCUUUAGGACACAGCAAAUGGCUGCCCCUAGAAAUAUGCUUUCUGGGUAUGCUGAACCAGCUCAUAUCAAUGAUUUUAUGUUUGAACAGCAAAGGAGAACUUUUGCCACAUACGGUUAUGCAUUAGACCCUUCAUUAGAUAAUCAUCAAGUGUCUACUAAAUAUAUUGGUUCUGUAGAAGAAGCUGAAAAAAAUCAAGGUUUAACUGUGUUUGAAACUGGUCAGAAAAAGAUAGAAAAGAGGAAAAAGUUCAAAGAAAAUGAUGCAUCUAAUAUUGAUGGUUUCCUGGGACCAUGGGCAAAAUAUGUGGAUGAAAAAGAUGUAGCCAAGCCCUCAGAAGAAGAACAAAAAGAAUUAGAUGAAAUCACAGCAAAGAGGCAGAAAAAAGGCAAACAGGAAGAAGAGAAACCUGGGGAGGAGAAGACAAUCUUACAUGUUAAAGAAAUGUACGACUACCAAGGUAGAUCCUAUCUUCACAUACCUCAGGAUGUUGGUGUUAAUCUGCGGUCCACUGUGCCACCUGAGAAAUGUUACCUUCCCAAAAAACAAAUUCAUGUGUGGUCUGGACAUACAAAGGGUGUCAGUGCUGUCAGAUUGUUUCCCCUCUCUGGCCAUUUAUUGCUGUCUUGUUCCAUGGACUGUAAAAUUAAGCUGUGGGAGGUUUAUGGAGACAGACGCUGUCUGCGAACAUUUAUUGGUCACAGCAAAGCUGUUAGGGACAUCUGCUUUAAUACUGCAGGAACACAGUUCCUCAGCGCAGCUUAUGACAGAUACCUUAAACUCUGGGACACUGAAACAGGACAGUGUAUAUCAAGAUUUACAAACCGCAAAGUGCCCUAUUGUGUCAAAUUUAAUCCUGAUGAAGAUAAGCAAAAUCUCUUUGUAGCUGGUAUGUCUGAUAAAAAGAUUGUGCAGUGGGACAUCCGAAGUGGAGAAAUUGUGCAGGAGUAUGACCGGCAUUUGGGAGCUGUCAACACCAUUGUUUUUGUUGAUGAAAAUAGGAGAUUUGUGAGCACAUCUGAUGAUAAGAGCCUAAGAGUUUGGGAAUGGGAUAUCCCUGUGGAUUUUAAGUAUAUAGCAGAGCCCAGUAUGCACUCGAUGCCUGCAGUGACUUUGUCUCCAAAUGGGAAAUGGCUAGCAUGCCAAUCAAUGGACAACCAAAUCUUAAUUUUUGGAGCACAGAACAGAUUUAGAUUGAAUAAGAAAAAAAUUUUUAAGGGCCAUAUGGUAGCAGGUUAUGCUUGUCAGGUGGACUUUUCACCAGACAUGAGCUACGUGAUUUCGGGAGAUGGAAAUGGAAAAUUGAACAUCUGGGACUGGAAGACCACAAAACUCUACAGUCGAUUUAAAGCUCAUGAUAAAGUGUGUAUAGGUGCAGUGUGGCAUCCUCAUGAGACAUCUAAAGUCAUAACAUGUGGUUGGGAUGGUCUCAUUAAAUUGUGGGAUUAAUGAGAUUAGUCUUAUCUAGGGUCUUUUUUGAUCCAUUAUCCUAUUUAACUAUAUUUAAUUAAUUAUUAAAUGUGUUGGAUGACAACCUGAUUUACAAAUUAUGAUUUCCUUACAUGGCCUUAUGAAGUUGACCCAUUGUUGAAAAAUAUAUAUAUAUAUUUUUUUUGUAAAUUUGACUUCUAUAAAUUCAUUGGCAACUUCAUUUCAUUCUUUAUAGAUGUUAUUUAUACAGAGAAUGACCAUCGAUUUUUCUCUUUGGGGAGUAGUCAUUGUUGGCAGGCAGUUUGGGUUUACCCCCUUGACAUACUGAAAGGAUCUCUUUGGAGUUGAGGAAGAAUCCCUGGUGGAUUUGGGGUGUUAAAGGAGAUAAUAUAAUUAAUGACAGAUAAUUCUGAAAGGCACCAUAUGUUUACCUCUUCCACACAAAGGGGAGCAAGGAGCAGGGAUGAUGUAAUUUAAUGUGAAUCUGAAAGAAGGAUAAAACCACCCACAAUUAUGGUUUCCAUUAUUUUUGGUGGGUCAAGUUCAAAUCUUUUGGAUUCAGGACUUCUACUAUUUUUUAUGACAUACAUUGUAUGUUUACUUGUAAGCCAGCAAUCUUCUCGGACUGCAGCAUUCCUCUAAUUAGUAAACAAUGGAAAAUAAGCAGUCCAGAGUUUUUUCCUUGGCUUUCUUCCUGAUCAGUAUAGACAGGAGUAUAUAUAAUCAGAGAAUUAUGUUAUUUUUGAAGGUGAAACUCCAGAGAAUUGAGUCAAGAGUUUGAAUUUUAUUUGUGUUUACUAUCUGUACAGACCUGGCUACACCUCCAGAAAUCAGGGUCUCCUAGGUCAUUGAUUCAUGGAUGUUACUACUGAAAUACUCCUCAUAGGAGAUAGGGUAUGAGGGCAUCGUCCAAAAUGUCAGCUUGUAAUUUCUUUGAAGUUGUAUGUUUGAUCUGUAAAAUUAUUCUGAUUUUGCUUGUGAAUAUAUUCGACAGAACUUUAAGAUUAGAAAAAUUUUUAACUUCUUUCCAAAUCUUUGAAUAAAAUUGACACUCCAGGAAGAUGGCUAUGGUUCCCCAUUUUGAGAAGCAAUAACUAGUUGGUUUAAAAAAAAAAAAGUUUAAGAACUUCAGAUGGUGAAAUCAAGAUGGCCUCUUGAAUAUAAUAGCUAACAGCACUUUGGUUGACAAGCCAUUUUUCCUGUUUUAUUAUAAAUCUCUGUAAGGUAUUUGUGCUUUGAAAUACUUCAGUACCAUGCUUAAAAACAUUGGUUCAUAGCUGCUCAGAGGGCUGACUUGGAGACCAAAAUCAUGUUGAAUGUCGAUAUCCUAAGGGCAUUAGUUCUGAGUCCUGGGCUGUCAAUAGCAAUUCAUGCUCCCUAUACUUAGAACUUCGAUUUUUAAAAAUUAAUUUUUAAAAAGCCCUGGUAUAGAUGACCUACCUGGCACUAUAGCCACAUUAAUAAAUAAAUCUCAAAGAAGAAAAUAGAAAGAAUAAAAAUGGCCAGACAUGUUAUUUUGGGGCACACAGACACUCAAAGAAAUAAGAAUACACUGUCUGGCUGCUGCCUUUCUGUAUCUGCCAGGGAGCAUGGCUGUCACUUCCUGAAGAGGAAGGAAGUCACAUAAGACCUUGUCAUUAGUCCCUAACCACUGGUUUUAACAAAUGUGAAUGACUGAAAUGUGAUGGGACAGAAAGAUUUAAUCAUUUAAACUAUCUUGUUCAGCAUCAGUAUUGUGUAUGUUACAGAUCAUAAUUUCUAAAUCUGGUUAUUUUAUUGUGUUUUUGACUUUCUAAACUAAGUGUAUAUAAAAGUUCUCUUUUUAAAAAAAAAAAAAAAGAUCAUAUUUUUCAAUAAAGCAUUUUUUAUAGAAAGUG